UGGCUCAUUCAGUUGGCUGCGGGCACUCGGCUUGGCUUUUUCGGCUUUUGGCUCACGUGAUCGGGAAACGCGCUCGGCGACCACCUGCCCAAAGGCUAAUGCAAUAAUAACGGGUUUUCGUUUUGACAAAUUCGAAAAUAUUCGAAAAUCGUGUGCAGAGAUGCUCAGUAAUUUGAGUUUAAAGUUUUGUUAAAUAAUAGAAUUAAAACUAAAAGUGCUCGACACUUAACAUUUUAACAACCUUGGCUGGGCAAAGAGCCUUAAUUGGCCAGCAACAAAAAUAACUACAGCCGGUUCAAAGUGGUUAGAGCCGCUUGUUACUUUACCUACUUCAACAUCUGACAUACCAACAACAUCGGCCAUUCAAAUUGCCAACAACAAUACCAGAAAAUCAGCAUAAGCUCAAUCGUCGCCCGGCAUACAAGACGCAGGCGAAGGUGCAACCCUCAUUGCUGAGGGAAAAAUAAGAAGACGCUUAAAAGUACAGGCAAAAUGGAGUCGUCCCGCAGGAAUUACCAAAACUCUGCUUUUGUAAACGACGAUGGCCGCAGCACAGCCAGCACCGUGGAAAUUUCGGCCACCAGUUCCGUUCCCCGUGAUAAUACAACCGACCCAGAGGCCCGAAAGUCGCCGGAGGAACGUGCCACCUGGGGCAAGGGAAUCGAGUUCUUGAUGUCGUGCAUCGCCAUGUCCGUGGGCCUCGGAAACGUGUGGCGCUUCCCUUUCACCGCCCUGGACAAUGGGGGUGGUGCCUUCCUCAUCCCAUAUCUCAUUGUCCUGUUCCUGAUUGGCAAACCGAUUUACUAUCUGGAAAUGGUAAUUGGCCAGUUUUCAAGCCGCGGCUCGGUAAAGGUUUUCGAUUUGUGUCCGGCCAUGAAAGGUGUCGGAGCCGGUCAGGCGUUCCAGGUGUUUAUGCUGAGCACUUACUAUGCCGCCCUGGUAGCGAUAAUUGGCAGAUAUUUCAUUGAAUCAUUCCGCAACCCAUUGCCCUGGGCCACAUGCCUUGCGGAGUGGGGACCCAACUGCAUCAACUCAGCCCCCGACGCAAGUGAUUGGCUUCGUGUGGAUGGCGGUGAUCAGCGAUUGCAAAAUUACACAAUCAAAUCAGAAACUGAGCGGGUGAUCACCAGUUCGGAAUGGUAUUUUGUCAAAGAAGUCCUGCACGAGUUGCCUAAUAUCGAGGAUGGAAUCGGUCUGCCCAACUGGGAGCUAGUCCUUGGCCUCUUCUUGGCCUGGGCCUGUGUGUUUUUCAUCAUUCGUCGGGGCGUCAAAAGUUCCGGAAAGGCCUCUUACUUCCUGGCCAUCUUCCCCUACAUCGUCAUGGGGGUCCUUCUGGUACGGGCCGUAACUCUGCCAGGGUCAAUUGAUGGCAUUUACUACUUCAUCAGGCCCCAAUGGGGCAAGAUCCUGGAUCCGAAAGUAUGGUACGCAGCAGUGACCCAGUGCUUCUACUCCCUGUCCGUGUGCUUCGGCAACAUCAUUAUGUACGCCUCCUUCAACAAGUUCGGCCACAAUGUGCACAGGGAUGCAGUUAUUGUGACCAGUCUGGACACGGUUACCUCCCUGCUGGCUGGAUUCACGAUAUUUGGAAUCCUAGGACAUUUGGCUCACGAGAUCGGCACCGAUGACAUUGGAACUGUGGUAAAGGGUGGCGCGGGUCUGGCCUUCAUUUCCUACCCGGACGCCAUAGCCAAGUUCAAGAGCCUGCCGCAGAUAUUUUCGGUGCUGUUCUUCCUUAUGUUGUUUGUUCUGGGAAUCGGCUCCAACAUUGCCAUGACAUCUUGUUCAGUGACUGCCAUCCGGGAUCGGUUUCCCAACUUCAAACAGUGGCAAUGCUCGCUGCUAAUAGCUGUUGUCAGCUUUAUGAUCGGACUUUUAUAUAUAACACCCGGAGGACAAUACAUGCUGACCCUAGUGGACUUCUUUGGAGCCUCAAUGAUUGCUCUAGUGCUGGGAAUCGCUGAGCUGUAUACUGUCGGUUGGAUCUACGGUACCGAUCGUCUUUGUAAGGAUAUUGAGUUCAUGUUGGGACGCAAAGUGGGCCUGUACUGGAGACUCUGCUGGAGCAUUAUCACUCCUCUAAUUAUGACCACUAUCCUGGUAUAUUUCUACGCAACCUACGAGCCUCUGACCUACAACAAUGUGAUCUACCCUUCUUGGGCUUACAGCAUUGGCUGGAUGAUCACAGCCUUUGGAAUUCUGCAGCUUCCCAUCUGGAUGAUAGUGGCUAUUAUCAGAGACCCGGGCAAAACAGUGGGCGCGAAGAUUCGCGGUGCGUUUACACCGAAGAAGAACUGGGGACCCAUGGAUCCUUUGCUGCGGGAGCAGUACCACAAGGAGAUUGAAAAUGAUUUAACCCCGAGACGAGGUCAAGGUGUUUGGGCUGCCAUUAAGCAGAAUAUUUUCGGCUAAUCGAGUAUGGCGCUUUAUCAAUCACAGGCCCAAUGUAAAUAGUGAUUUGUGCUUAGUAUUAGCGAAUCCUGUAUAAAAGAUCUUGCUUUAAUCUUAAGGCUGCCAAUAAACCUAAUAAGAAUUUGUAAAAGCUUCGCGAAAGGCUGAAAGGCUCUGAGAGGCUUAAAACAUGCA